AAAAUUCUAAUCUGGUUAAAGUUUUUAAGACAAACGCGAACUGUACACGGCGCUUUUUUCUGAUGUUCCUUUUUUCAUGUUUCGUCGCCAGCAAGCUGGGGCCAGUUUUCGUUUAAGCCGUUGUUUCCACGCUUCAGUGGCGAAUUCAAAUGGCUUUCUCGUAUUUUUCGCGCCUUCAAUAAUUCAACAGGUUUCCUCUAACUGGUGCGACCUGUUGAUCGUAAACCAAAUUAGGAAUUAUAGUCGUUGGCAUUUGUAAACGAGCCGAGAAGUCGUCGCUUGGUGUUAUUUGGAAAGCAGCUAGAGUUGAAAGAUUUUUUGCCCUAUAAGAUGGUGUGUCAUUAAGCCGUCUCUAGAUAUUUCUAUUGACUUUAUAAAGAAUGGAUAAUGUGUGUUUCACGCAAAGAAGAGUAGCAAGGACCAAGAGAUAAAGAACUGAAAUGACUUCGCAAGGUAGGUUACGAACGUUUAUAAUUUGUUGACGCAAAGUCGUAUAUUAUAAGUGUAGACUUAGGUUCAUUAUCAACACUUUGAGGGAAGGUUAUAUUUUAGUAAGUUAUAAAAAAAUCUAGCCUGUUGUGAUUUUUGAGGGAUAAUUCCAUUGGCUUGACCCAGUAGGCUUAACCAUUUUUUAGCUGUCGGAGUAAAGAUAUAUAUAUUUUGUGGUAUUUCCAAUGAUUUAUUUGACUAACCAGUUUUUAUCUCAUAAGAUGAAAAUUUCAAACGAAAUUUCUUUUGUUGUGAUAAGUUAAACAGGGUGCCGGUAAGUUGUUAAUUAAACAGGGAGAUUUAAAAGCCAUAAUCGAAGGGAAUGAGUGAGUGAAAAUCGAAAUCAAGAUAUCUUAUAAAUAAAUGAUGAAUGCGAGUCAUUGAAAAUCACAGAGACUCGAACAAAAGCUCACUGGUAAGAGCAACAGGAAAUAUGAAACAGCUAAAGAGCUCCGAAUUUUUUGUUCAACCAAACCUUUGGUUUCAAUGGACACUUUUUUCCUAAAAAAAAUAAAGUUUCCCUUGAAAAUGUGAGAAGAGAGCUUGUCAUAAAAGAUUUUGAAUUGAACUUAAUGCUCUGACCUAAGUCUUGUUAAAAACAAAUGAAUAAACAGGCAUACGUCUAGCAAAUCGGAACAAAAUUCACAAUAGUUUUCGGAAAAUGUACAGUGGUAAAGAAAUUAGACCAUGCAGCUUCAGUAAAUUAGCAAAAUUAAUAUGUCACUCGACAAUUGUUAUGUUUAAUUUUUGUUGACAAAUUUCUAAGUUUUUCGUUUAAAAAGGUGUUUUCUAUUUUGCUUUUUAAGUUGUUUUGUAUGAAACACUUUUUGGCUGAUUUUGGUUUACUUUUUUCGAGCAGAGUUGCGGACACAAAAAAGAAAAAAGAAAGAGGGAGAGAAAAAGCUGAAAAUCCCCUCAACUAGAGAAAUAAAAAAAGGCAAGCACAACCAACAUACCCAAAAUGUCUCGACAAUAUCUUUCGUUUAAAUUGCCUUUUUGCGAUCUCAAUCACGGACUAUACUUUAGAAUGACAUUUCUCGAAAAGGCGUUUGCAGACACGAAAGUGAAGGAUGAAUUGUUGAAGGGGGUCCUUGCUGAAUUUAGAGUAUGGCAAAAAAUAACUCGCAUACUACAAUACUGUAGCACGUUCUUAAAUUGUGCAAUUUAUGGUUUGUCAUUGUUAUAGCUUAUACCCGAAAGCGCUAGAUAUUUGGAAUCCUGAACCCUAAAAGUUACGUAAAAAGAAGUUUAACUACAAUGAACUAAGACUGACGAGAUAAUUUAAAUUUCCUUUCCUUUUUCCUUAUAAAACUUACGCUAAGAAGAAAGCUAGAAGUAAGUGAAAGAUCUUUAUUUUCUAACUAGGUUCUUGAACACUUCUCUUAUGUACUUGAAGGAAGUGUUAACUUGACUUAUCUAAACCGUAAAACGUUGAUUUUGAAAAUUAAAAGAAAAUGUGUUUCUAGAGUGUUUAAACAAACAUUACUUUCUGACUUGAGAUCAAUGAUUUACUUACAUCUCCCUUAAAUCAAAUUAAAACACGAUAAGGGAAAAAACCCUAAAAGAAGUAAAGAAAAAAGUGAAAACAAGAAAAUAAAAUAAGGCAAAUGCGUUUGGGGACUGGAAUGCCCUUUUCGCUUCUUAGUAAACUUCGUUUGGUAAAAUGAAAAUCUGGUAGAAAAUUAAAAGACUGAAUAUUAUAACCGAGGUUUUAAGUUUGCUCAAACUCGUGUUUUGUUUGAGGUAAGUCUUAAGAAAGUCUUCUCAUUGUAACUACUGUGAGUGAGGCGUUGAUACUGAAUUGUAGUGAUAAUUUUCAUACUCUUCCACAAGACUUUCACACACAAUUUCCACAAUAAAGAAACUGUUGAUCGUUGCUCACAUAUUUUUGUCAUGGUACCCGUUCUGACCCCUAAAUCUUUAGAGGUAACUAUUUUAUCAUAACACUCCACUGCGGGUCCUGCUUUCAUCUCGAGCUGGUAGCCAGCAGGAUAAUUUUUUUUGGAACACAGCUUUAACAUCGAAAUAUUGUUUGAAACCCGCUAAAGACGCUUAGUAUAAAAUGGGGCCUUAACUUGCUAGGAGGUCAGUAGAGUAGGUACGAUGUAUUUCAGUUUUGAGGUUGCUUGCAUGAAGAUUGUAACUAAAGAAGAAAUUCUUAAGUUUCGUGUUAUUUUGAAUUUUGUAUCUAAUAUUUCUAAUUGAAACCAACAAAAAGGGUACUGAAUUUCGAAUUGAACAAAAGAAGAAACGAGAAACUGCAAAUGAUGUUUCCGUCUCCUAAAAGAAAAAUAAGGUUUUUGAGGGCUUUUAUGGAGAUUGUCAGUGAACCCAAUACUCGUUAAGGAUGGCUAGUCAACCGAACUCAGUUUUAAAAGCGAAAUAAUCGAUGUUUAAGAACCAAAUAAUUUUGGCUGCUAAAGUUACUAUUUCAACAUGGCAAAACAUAGAGCCAAGUUUUCUAACUAAAUGUUUUGAAUUCUUUUCUUGUUAGAUUAUAUGGCCUCAUCUAGGGUUGUCCCAAGAUUUUUGGUCCUUGGAAUAUUUGUUUUGUUUUGUUCAAUCUGUCGGGCUGAUGCACAGGCAUACCAACGUGCACAGAAACCCCACAUCAUUAUGAUAGUAGCAGAUGAUCUGGUGAGUGAACUAGUAAAGGAACCAGGCUUCCCCUGUGAACUUAUAUAAGAUACUUAAAACAAUAAGAAUACUGUCAUCUUAUGGAAUUACCUAAAUGAGUUUCCAUUUGUUUGCCUGACGUCGAAGCAUUUUAUAUCUAUAGGAGUUUUGUUUUACAAAGUCAGCAAAUGCUGAUUCUGAACAGCUCAAAAUUUGUGAUUCUUUUUUACUCGCUUUGAAAAAUAUGAACAUAAGAAUACAACUGAAGUUUUUCAUUGGAUAUAAUCAUUGAUAAUUCUCAUUGCGAAUCACCAUUUUCUCGUGUUUUGUUUUUGUAAAGUAGAAAUCAUACCUUAAAGUCCACCGUAAUUUGUGGAGAACAGCAACAACAACAACAACUCUAUGGGCCCUUGCUAACCAUCUUGAUAACCAUCUCCUCACUUCAAGUAGUUUUUUUAUGAUUUAUAAAAUGACUUGAUGUUGUUGGCUUUACUCCCUUACUGACUCACUGUAUUUGUAAUUUCAACUCGUUCUUUGACUGAAUUUUUUUUUCAGGGAUGGGAUGACGUAAGUUUUCACGGCUCGCCCCAGAUCCCCACUCCCACCCUGGAUGGGCUGGCUGAAUCAGGAGUUAUCUUGAAUAACUAUUAUGUGUCUCCCAUGGAUUCGCCAACAAGGGCAGCCUUCAUGACAGGAAAAUACGCUCUAAAUUUAGGUAACCAAUUUAUAUUUAUCAAGUAUACAUUAUUAAAUAUGCACAAUCUAUAACGGCUACCUUAAGGACAGAGGAUGGGGUAAGGUUGCCGUCACUUUGACCAGCUAGGGGUGUAAUUUGACUAGUUGUGAGAAAGGGUAGAACGUUUUAAUUGGUAAAAACAGUUAUAAUUGGGUAUAAUUUGUAGCACAAUCUGUGGUCAAGUUUAGUAAACAAAACCCAAAGGUUCAGAGCAAAAAUACUGACAAAUCUACAUUGCUUCUUUUUUUUUCUUAAAACGAAAAAUGGCCGUUGUGGAUAGGUUAUUUGAGUAGCUGGGAGGCGCGUGAUGGAGAAGUGUCGCUCUUAGAGAGGAGACACAAAGUCGUGUCGUUGUAGAUACCAACCCAAAAAGUUUUAGGUUUAUGAUAAUCGUUUGGGGGAAACCAAUCGGAUCUCGAAAUGGCACCAAGGGAGAACAAAUCCUGAUGGUAAGGGGCUAUUCACACAAUACUAGAAUGAGAAAUAAGUUUUGUUCUCUGUCAAUUUCGUACUAUUUUCACACAAAAAAUUCGCCCUACUCACGCUUUUUUAAGUUCUCCUGUCUAUCGCGCCAAAUCACCUUGAAAGCGAUAAGCAUACGCCACUUACCCCAAACUACUCGGUUGCAAUUUCCAUUUCGGAACGAAACAGAAUGAAAUGUCAUACAAGGAGAGCGAGAAUUUCAUUUGGAUUGAAGACCGGAAUUAACUCAUUCCCGAAUAACUUGUACGAAAGCAAAGUUUCUUUUAUCGGCAUCUUAUAAACAGGUACAGGGAAAUCAUAUAUGGAGAUGAAAUGGACUCGCUCCAGAAAAAAAGUAGUCACUUUGCUAUCAUGUUACCUAAGUUUUAGGUUCUAUUCUUAUUAGUUUAAAACGGAGCUGGGUACUUUAACCCAAUCAUACAGCGAGGCAAUUCAAGCCAAAGAAGGUGUGUGUAAAAUUGAAGAUCUUCGUCAGGGUCUUUAUCUGAAUAAAAUGUCUAGUCAAAUCAUCAGUCAUCAUCGUCUUUAUCGUAAAAGCUUGGCAUCGCGUGUGUGUAAUUGCUCAAACGUUUGUUUGAAUGGCACAAUGGACUUUAAAGCGUGUGAAAAGCAGAUUUCGCUUGAGCACAGUUUCUUCGGCAAUUAAAGGAGUCUUUACUUGAGCUUUUCGAUCUGAGAUUUGAAACAAGUAGACUUCUGGACUGAAAAAAAAAAUGUAGAGGAAGAAGAAGAAGAAGAAGAAGAAGAAGAAGAAAAGAACUAAGGUACAUUUGAGGCGACGUUUGAACUUUUGCCUUCCAUGCCAAUGUGUGUUACAUUAAUAUAGAAGUUGUUGAAAAUUUGAGCUUUAAUUAUAGCACGUGCAUGUCGAACCAAAAUUGUUUAUUGUAUGGUUUUAUCGAGCUUAGUCGAUGGUUAAACCCCAGAACGCCAAAAUUUAGUUGUUUUUCUCAUUCGAGCUAAUGGCACAGAGAAAAGAUUAAUGUCCUUUGUCUUUCCUUUCUAUGUAUUAAUCUCUUUUUACAAUUUUUUUGUUGCUGAUUUCCAGGGCUUCAGCAUGACACAAUCCAUAAUAAACAGCCCUUUGGGUUGCCGCUUAAAGAGAAGCUUCUUCCAGAGUAUUUGCGGCAGAUGGGCUAUUCCACCCACGCUGUAGGAAAGGUACGUUGAAACUUGUCUGGUGGGCAGCACCCCCAAUUAUUGAAAAAAAAAAUCACGAGUAUUCUUAGUUUACAAUCAGGUGAAAAGAAGGCCAUGUUGGUGGUCCUUACAAUACUUUUUUUGGAGAAUAUAAUGAAAAUGGAGCUCCCAGAGGAGAGAAAUGCUUUUAAUUUGUUCUUGACCACCAACAUGGCCUCCGUAACGUCACUUGCAAACAAGCAAUUAUUGCCUCAGGUUCACGUUCUCCCAAGCUUAUAUAACUAUGAAUUGGUAUUCCUUUAAGGAUCUUCCUUUCCCCCCUUGAUAUAAUUUCUAUUUUCUGCGCACGUAACAGCUAGGUUAAAACGAAAAAUAUCACAUGAUGUAAAACCAGUUAAUAAUAAAGUUUUAAUUGAGACUAAUGCAGGUUAAUAUAUUGAGAUCAUUGUUAAAAGCCUGUAGCUAGGCUAUAGACAAACGGCUAAUUUUUUUUUGUGCAAGGAGAACUUUUAGUUUUACAUUGUGAUGGGCUUUGUUUAAUAAUAAGGUUUUGAUUGCGUCAUUUUGUUCCAACAGUGGCAGCUGGGUUUUUUUGCUAAAGAAUUCACCCCUACCUACAGGGGAUUUGACUCAUUCUACGGCUUCUGGACUUCCGGUCAGGACUAUUUCAGUCAUGUGACCUAUGACGGAAGUUACGGGCUUGAUUUGAGGAGAGACUUGGCUGUAAGUAUUUAAUGAUUUUUUUGUCUGUUCUAAUGGUUCUGAUAACCUAAAAGUAUGUUUCAGUGUAGAAUUCUUCAAGAGACCUUGGAUUUUUUGCGGAGAAACUUGAGACCUUUUAAAACAAGUUCGAGAACCUUCGUUCCUUUUCGGUAAAAACAGUCGGGAAUUUUUGGAUGGUACUGUUGCUUAGUUAAUGUCUGCUGUUGUUUUCCCAGGUCGUUUACAAUGAAACAGGUACUUAUGGCACGGAGCUGUUCACUCGUGAAGCCGACAAAGUUAUCAAUCACCACGAUGAUUCCAAACCUUUGUUUCUGUACUUUGCACAGCAAGCGGUGCAUGUAGGGAAUGAUAACGAGCCGCUCCAGGUCCCAAAGAAAUACCUCGACCGUCUUAGUUACAUCGGUGACGAAAAGAGGCGGACGUAUGCAGGUAAUAAACAAAAAGUGGUUCUAAUUAUAAACGAGUCAUACUUUUAAGUUAGUUUAUCGGUGUAAUAAUUCAUAUUGUUUCUGUAGGUUCUGUUCUUAUUGAGUUUUAAACUGAAUGGCGGGGGAUUUUAGGCCAAUCAUCUAGCGAGGCAAUACAGGCUAGAAAGGUGGAUGUAAAAUUGACGUUCUCGUUGCCCUCGUAGACGACUCUUGUGGUUCUGGUCAAGUGUGAUAAAACAUUUGCAUAAAACACGAGAGCGCUAUUACCUUGAAUCAUUUUGUUGGAUUUCCUGUGGUCUUCGCAAAUUGUUUUCGCCCCUUUUGUUAUUCACAUUCUUUGCCCUCUCAUUCUUGAAUACUUUUCUCCAAAUGAAUUCUUACUGUUCAGUGAAGUUGUUGUUUUAUUAUUGAGUAAAGUUUUCAAAAUGUGGUGCCUCUGACGCUGGGCAAUACAUGAGGGGCGAGCCUUGGAAAUGAAUUUACAAAACGUGAUUACUAGUACCUCUGUUUGUACAAGGAAAAGUCACUCCUUGAAAUAAAUUUCUUACUUAAUUUAUCUCAGGUAUGGUCUCUGCUUUGGAUGAGUCAGUUCGCCAAAUAGUCACAACUCUAAAGAGGAAAGGUCUCUAUGACAACUCCAUCAUCAUUUUUACCACUGACAACGGCGCAGCCGCCGGGGGAUUGGACUCCAGUGCGGGCUCAAAUUUUCCGCUGCGAGGUGCUAAAAAUACUCUAUGGGAGGGAGGAGUGCGUGGAGUGGGUUUUGUCCACAGCCCUCUUAUCAAGAAAAGAGGUAAACUAUUGCCUUUAAUUAUGUUUUCAGUAUUAAUUCCGUGGCAUCUCAACUCUUUCCCUUUGUCAUGACUGUGUAGUUCCUGGUCUUCCAACCGUUAAGAUAAUUUCGAUCAAUUGACGUUGACUUGUUCAUGUCGCGUUGGACAAGUUAGGCCAAAUAGCCAAAAUAUGACUGACGACCACAAUCAUGAAAAUAUCGGUCAGACUCUCGCCAUCAUUUGCAAAGUUAUCUAUCUAGUGCUAUAUUUGCGAUCUAUUUAAGAAUUUUUCCUUUCUCCACUAAGGUCGAGUAUCAACUGCUUUAUUGCACGCUUCUGACUGGUUCCCAACCUUCUAUACGCUGGCAGGCGGUAACGUUAAGAGCCUGGGUGCCAUUGACGGUUUUAAUGUCUGGGAUACAAUUUCAAAUGAUGCCCAGUCCCCAAGAUACGAGAUUCUGCAUGGCUUGGAUUCUUUAAAAGAGAAAAAGGCAGCUAUAAGAAUCGGAGACUACAAGAUGAUUGUCCACCAAAACCGCAGUUUCUAUAGCGACUGGUACCCCAGACCUGAAAGUCUACACGAACUUGAUCAGGUCCCUAAGCCAAGUCUGCUUAAAGAUGCAUCAGUAGACUGUACAGUCAGGCAUCCACAUCCUUUGCUGUACACUAAAGCACCGAUUUGCAACCCUGAGAAAAAGCCUUGUCUCUUCAAUAUCAAAUGGGACCCAUGCGAGUAUCACAACUUGGCUGAUUUUAUGCCUAACACCCUAAAAGUUAUGAUAGACAGGCUGAAAUUCUAUGCUCGAAAAUCUGCGCCCGCAGUGUACCCUCAAGCGGAUGAAAGCGCAAACCCUGAUCAGCAUGGAGGAGUCUGGACACCAUGGCGGGAGAAAACGGAUGUUGAUCAGACCAUGAACGACUAUGUUUAUCCAUAUUCUUACUACGAUUCGCCCAAACCUAAGCCUAGCGGUCCCCCGAAGAACCAGCUUGACCAGUUUAUGAGAGAUCAAGGACUGGCUAGUAGCGAUAAAGCAAACACCUACCCAGAAGUUGAAGAUAUUAUCAUCAACUUCCGGGAACAUAACGUGACGGAAGGUUCUAAUAAGGAGGCAAUCGCGACCUUAGCAAAUACCGAAACAACACCAACAACCGCUUCUACGGCAAGCAUGGCACCGCCGGCGGUUAUCAUGGCUUCCACUGCUUCCACUGCUGCGUUCAUCAACACUGCUCCUCCUCCUGCGUCUAUAGCUCCAGCGAUUGCGUCCAGGGUCUCACCAAAACUUGAUUAUGCCGCGCAGAGACCGAAACCUUUCCGCCCAACAGGAUUUCUGAAAGGCUUCUUUCAGCAUCAACUUGCUCAUACCACCAUGACACCAGGUGGUGCCAAUCGUAUCGCUGAUACAGUGAAACAAGUCGAACAGAUUGUUGCGAAAACCCCUAAGUAUGUCAACCCGCUCACCAUGCGACCCACUGACAAAAUGCCUGCCAUACACGCCUGGCCCACGGAGCAGUCGCUUAUUCCAAAUGACGUACAAAGCGUGAUCAGACAUAACGGUUUCACCAAGCAUCUCGCCUCAAGCCACGUAGAGGAGGUCUCGAUGCUUCCUCCUGUGAAAUCACCAGAGACACUUGCUCACAAACCAGCUAUGUUCAGCUCACACACUCACAAAGGGGACACACUGCCUGAAAUUCUCGAUAUAAUCGAUGAGCCCGCUGUGCCGAAUGCCUAUGCUGCAGGCGGCAGCGGUCAGGAGGAAACCAUUCCGAAGAUUUUUGACAUUAUUGACGAAGCUCAUAAACAGGGCAGUCAAGUGAAGGAGUUAUCUUCACAACAACAAGGGCCAAUAGCAACUAGCAAACCACUAACCAGCAAAGAUGUAGGCUCAGGAAUGGGCGUGGGUCUGACGGGAUUACCAGACGGGAUUUCGGUUUUCGGUAAGUUGGGCGAUCAGAAGAUUUUGUCCAAGUCCCACGAGACCGGAGAAGGAAGGGAACAUAUUGUCGCUAAAGAGAAACCGUCGAAAGGAAAGAAGAAGGCGAAUGUCCAUAAAUUCAUUGGCAAUAUUACCAUCGACGGUCGGCGUUAUCUUGUUGUGGGAACUGAGACUGAGGAAUCGGAUUCAGUAUCGUCGCAUAUGGAGGGUAACACGAUCACUCUACAUCUGCCAAAGUCAAAGAAACCCCACUCUCACGAUGAAAAGUCAAAGGGCAAAGAUAAGUCAGCAGAAGACGCAGAUAGCAAGUCGGAGAUUGGAGGAUUUCGUGCCCCCAGCGAGCCUGGAAUCGGUGAAAUCACUGACUACAUUGACGACGACGAACUUGGCACCGAGAAACCGACGAACAAAACACUGGCAGCCCAUAAUAUCACGGCGGUGGCGACCACUGGCAACAACACGAAGUGCGAGAAGGUCGUUCAGUUGGAUACCUCCGAUAACGCUGUCGUCGUGUCUUCGGUCGUGAUUGUCGUUAUUGCGUCGGCAAUGGUCGUGGGAGUUGCCGUUGUUGCUAUGGUUGCGGUGGUUGCGAGGCACUGUCAAAAUGCUAGAAAUUGAUAUACAUUCUCUCAUUCGACUUUUAUUUUUUCGCAGAAAGCUAAAGCAUUUUUAUCUUUAAGUUUUUGUGAUUUGAAAUGUACAGAGAUAAAGUGGCUUGGAUUUAAUAAUAGCGGUAGAAUUGAUUAUAUCAGUCUAUAUUUAAUUGUUCAAUCGUCGUCUUUCAUCACAUCGGAUAACUGCCUUCAUCUCCAAUUCAUUUUCUGUCGAAUCCUAGUUUAUUGUUCUUCCGCCCACCAACUACCCUGGUGCUUUUAUUGGUAAAUAUUCUGCAAAUGUUCACUUCUGGCAAUAUAGGCGUUGAGGCCUGAAAUAGGAAACUUGAGAAAAGUGCAAUAAAGAUUUCAGUUGCAAACUACCCGUUUUACACUUGCAUCGAUUGAUUAGUCAAGAGCACAUUUAAGUUCUUUUAAACUAGGUUUCGAAAGGGAAGAUCACAACAAAAGUUUUCCUAUAUUUGUUGAUAUCUUUUUCUCGCAUUUGUGUUGGCCUUGCUUAUACCACCAUACCACCAAACCUUAAACCAUAUUCAGGGCGACAUUGAUACUUUAGUUACAUAGGUAUUUUAUCACAUAAGUAAACCUAAGUAGCUCGUCUCAACUUACAAAUGCAAAACUAGCCAAUACAAAAAAAGGAAAAAAUUAUACCUAGGGCGGGAAAACGUGCAAUUGGUGUCGUCAAAGCGUCAAGCCACUAAAUGUGCCACAGUCGUUAAUUGCGGAAAACACAUUACCAUCUAAAACAACGCAGAUAGCUAUACUCUUGGGUUAACGUGCUGCCGAAGGUGAGACGUUUUCUGGUUUGCUUUGAUUCGCCAAAGUUUUUCGUAAUUGUAGAGAACGACAAGUGCGAACCAACGCGAACUUAAGUAUCCUUGACAGUCACUAUGUAUUUUUGGUUUUCGUUUUUCACAGAAGUUGUGGUUUCUUUAACAUCCCUGCCCGAUCUCAUUCAAAUUCCUGUAUUUUUAUUAAUAAACGAACGUAAAAAAAAUUCAAGCUCAAUGGGAAUCGUGGGUUUAGGUAUUUUAUUUUUUUCAAGAGACUUUUCGUUCUAGCCAACCAAUUUUAAAUAUAUCAUUUAUGUGUCUUACCAAAAAUCAUUAAGCCCUAAUUGUGAUUAGCAUUUAUUUACUCCCCCCAUGACAUAUGUGCUAAUUGACCCAAUGGUCAUGGAAAUAAUUGCAGUUAUUGGGAUAAAAUGCCUUGAUUCUCAAACAAAUUCUCCAUCGUGCUGUCUCGAGAAAGGACUGGAAAGAGUGAAGAGAAUAUACAUGCUGAUAUUAACUUUAAAGGGCUACUUAUUUUAGUGUUUAUAGAUAUUUGAUGUCUGUAAGCUUCAGCGUUUGUUAUUGAUUGUUGUUAGAAGAAGUCAAUGAGACUAAUAAAAUUUUCAUGUACGC